AUGAUCAUGGUAAUACUUUCCGCCUGUAUUGUGGGAGUAGUCGCUGCAGUCGUGUUCUAUCUUCGUCAGAUCUACUCCAUCUUCAGCAAAUAUGGAGUAGAGAAAGAGCCAUCGGUCGGCAACAUGGCUAGCGAGCAGUGCCUAGUCUUGGAGCAUUUAGUGGAAACUAAAUUAUAUAAGAAUUAUCCAGAGGAAAGGUUUAUUGGAAGGUUUGAAUACACUAAUACUGAUCGCGAAAACUUAAUAUCAUCCUACAGAAGUAACAUCUUUAUCUUCUGCACUUUUGAACUGAAAAAACAAGUCUACACAAAUCUGAAAAACCCACUUUGUACAAGAAGCAGGGGUUCCAGAGUCUCUGGUUUCUGUGAAAUAUUCAUGUAUUUCUUAAUAUGGAAUCUGCGUAAGAUGCACCUGUCAUGUCUCUCAAUGCCUCACUCAGAGAUUGGUUACUUGGAUAAUAAGAUAAUACGAAGUAGCAUUAUCUGGUUCCCGAACGAUGUUAAAAGCAGGAAUGAUUUGAUAGUAUUAAGGAUAUUUUUAGAGAUCAUGGUAUUUCUACUCUGGAUUAUUUUAAUCUUCAUAGCCCUUUUAUUGUAUAAUCGAGAAAUAUAUUCAAGGUUUAGAAGACAUGGUGUAAAAUACUUCCAACCACUGCCGUUGUUGGGCAACCUUGGAAGCAUACUCAUGAGGAAACAACACAUUACUGAUCAACUUGAUGAUUUGUAUUACAAAUUUUCUGGUGAAAGAUUUGUAGGCCGAUUUGAAUUCACGAAUCCUGUUUUAUACAUUCGCGAUCUCGAGCUAAUAAAAAAAAUCACAGUCAAAGAUUUUGAACACUUUCUCGAUCACCGUAUAAUGAUAGAUGAAAAAAUGGAUCCACUGUUUGGAAGGAAUCUGUUAAGCUUAAAAGGUCAAGAGUGGAAGGAUAUGCGCUCAACACUGAGUCCGGCGUUUACUAGCUCAAAAAUGAGACUGAUGGUUCCCUUUAUGGUGGAAGUCAGUGAUUUAAUGACGCAAUCUCUAAAAGCACAAAUCAAGGAUUCAGGAGUCGACUACAUUGAUGUAGACUGCGUCGAUCUCACUGCCCGAUACGCUAAUGACGUAAUCGCUUCAUGCGCCUUCGGUUUGAAGGUGGAUUCACAUAGUGACGUCAACAAUGAGUUUUAUACCAUUGGUAGAGAAACCGCUACUACCGGGUUUCAAAGAGUACUAGUGUUUCUUGGGUAUUCAGCAUUUCCAUUGUUAAUGAGAACACUGGGAAUAAAAUUAUUUACUGAUAAGAUAAGUAAUUUCUUCAGAAAUAUUAUUCUACAAACAAUGAAAGAACGAGAGUUGAAAAAAAUUUUGAGGCCGGACAUGAUACACCUUCUAAUGGAAGCAAAGAAAGGAAAACUUACAUACGAUGAGACGCGGAAAGAAGUUGAUGCCGGUUUUGCUACAGUUGAAGAGUCACUCGUUGGACAGAGGAAAGUAAAUCGAGAAUGGAGUGAUGAUGAUUUGGUUGCCCAAGCAGUGCUAUUUUUCUUAGCAGGAUUUGAUACCGUGUCCACAGCUAUGUCAUUCCUUUUGUAUGAGCUCGCUUGUAACCCAGACAUACAAGAACGUCUGGUGCAAGAGAUUAAGGAAAAUGAUAUUAAAACGGAAGGGAAAAUUGACUUCAAUUCGGUACAAAACAUGGUAUAUCUGGACAUGGUGGUAUCAGAAAUAUUAAGACGAUGGUCACCUGGUUUAGGCCUGGAUAGGCUUUGUGUAAAAGACUACAAUAUGGGCAAACCAAACGAAACAUCAAAAGAAGAUUAUAUAGUUCGUAAAGGUGAAUCAAUGCUAAUACCAGUGUGGUCCAUUCACCAUGAUCCUGAAUUUUAUCCUAACCCCAACAAAUUUGACCCGGAACGUUUUGCUGAAGAAAAUAAGAGGAAAAUCAAACCCUUUACGUUUAUACCUUUCGGAUUAGGACCAAGGAAUUGUAUUGGGUCAAGAUUUGCUUUGUGUGAGAUCAAAGUAAUGGUAUAUCGGCUGCUACAACAGAUGGAAUUAUCUCCGUGUGCUAAAACACAGAUACCUGCUGUAUUAUCCAUGGAUACGUUCAACUUGAGGAUCAAGGGUGGAAACUGGGUGCGAUUUAGAACGAGACAGUGA